GAUUCCCACCGCCGCCGAUCCGGCAACCACCUUGCUCCAGUGGCGACCUCACUGCCCGUCUCCGGUCUCCCGUACCUCACGCGACACCCCCAUCCUCUCGCGAACCCGAUCUCUCUCUCCCCAUGACUCCUCGCCGUCGCCACCUACGGCGGCCGAUCUCGCCGACUUCCGGCGGCAAUCUGCGGCUCCUAGCAGACCACCGCGAGCCCCUCCCUUCCGCUCCAUCCUCCCCUCGGACCAGAUCCGGCUUGCACGUUCCCAUCGACCAGAUCGGCCGCCCCCUUAUCCCCCAGCCCCGGCUAUGCAGCAGAUCUAAGGGGUUCUUGCGUGUGUGCAGGUGAUAUUGGAGGUGGUGGUGACGUUCCUGCUGGUGUUUGUGAUGUGCGGGUCGGCGUCCAUGUACGACGCCGACGUGACGCGUGUAUCCCAGCUCGACCAGUCCGUCGGCGGCGGCCUCAUCGUCACCGCAGUGAUCUAUGCCACCAGCCACAUCUUCGGCGCGCACAUGAACACCGCCGCCACGCCCUCCUUCCCUUGCUUCCGGCAUUUCCCCUGGAUUCAGGAGACUGUUCUGAACCUAAAGGAGAAGAUAGUAGAUGUCGCUGGGAUUCCCGUGGAGCAGCAGUGGCUGAUUUUUAGGGGAAGGGUCUUGAAGGAUGACCACCUCUUGUCAGAAUACCGUAUGCUUUUGUUUGUGUGAUUCCUGUCAGAAUACCGUAUGCUUAGAAAUACGAAACAGAACCUCAAAUCAUUGUAAGGUUUUGGUAUGUGUUUAUUAAGUCGAGUUGUUCACUAGUAACCGCCAGAACUGUAGAUUAUACUGAAGAUUACGUGGAAUAAUAGGUGGCUGUCAUUGAUUAUUAGUUUCUGUCAUUCACAACAUGAUUUGUCAUUGUAAAAUUUUGUUUUUCUUGUGACCUGCCAUUCGUAUACCUGUUCAUCUGAUGCUUCAAUGGAUGCGUUUUUAGUUG